ACAAUACGCAACAUUCUUCUUUUCCUCUAGUUCCGUCGGUAACCAGCUGUUUUGUGCCGUCGUUCCCUUUUUCCUUUGGCUGCCUGACCGGCCACCCGAAAGAUGUUCCGAAUUGGAUUAAAAUUUCCGUGCAACGGUCUAAAUAGGGUACGUAAAGUCAAAAAGAAUGGAUCCUCCAGACUGUAUUUGACAACUAGGUAUUAUGAGACACGUGCACGAAUUAAAUACGACCAGGAAUGUAGGUUUUCCAAGGAUGUCAAACUUAUAUCUCGAAUACCGAUACAUAAGUAUUCAACUGAUACACCAAAAAGGGAGAAAAGCAGAGGAACCACAAAAACAGUAUUAACUUUGACUGCUGUGGCAAUAGGAGCAUCAGGUGUAUUGCUUUAUGCAAAACAUGAUCCAAAAUUUCGUGCAAAUCUUGAAGGUUGGAUACCUGGCACAGACAAGACUAUUCAGAUCAUCUUUCAGGAGGAAUCAUCCUACUUUGAAUUCAUACGUACAUUCUUUGAAACAUUAAAGCAAACAAUUAUAAGUUCCCUUUUUGGAGGAGAUUCAAAAAAAACAGGUCAGAAAAGAAUAGAUUGUACACAAGUUGAAGAUUAUAUACCACCAAAGCCAACUUUUGUACCACUCAUUGAUAAGAAGGAACCACCUAUUAAUGAACCUUAUGCUGAAAUAAGAUUAAGUAAAGAAAAAGGAGAGGAAAUUGAAAUUGUUGCCGAAAAACCUACGCCGCCUCCUAAGGAUGUACCUGAGGAAUUAAUGCCAGCAAAUCUGGUGGAACUAGAAACAUCAUGCGGUGAAGCUGCAUCUAAAGCUAUCGCAGCUUAUCAAAAAGCAGUAUGUGUUAUUCAAGAUUACAAUAAAGAUGUGAUGAGAGUUGUAGAAAGUCUUCAUGCCACUGUUGGUAGCGCCAUUUGGAACAGACUAAAAGAUUCAACUGAGAAGAAGAAAGAGGCCGUUAAAGAAGCAGAAGACCUUGCCAAUGAAGCAAUUGAAUCACUUAAUAAAAUAUAUAAUUUAAUCAAAGAUCCUAAAUUUGACGCGCCAUCGCAUAUGAAAACAGCUGCUCGAAGAAACAUUAAGAAAAUCAUGGAUGAUGUGGACGAAGCAAAGAAAAAAUAUCAAACGGAAAUAGAAUGUGGGAAUAUGGCAGAGCGUUAUUGGAAACAAGUCAAAAUGGCUCGUGAAAAUCUUAACGAAGAACUUCAGAUACUAUUUCCUAAUAUCAAUAUUCAUGAAAAAAAAAUUACUCUUGAUGAAAAUACCUUUGAUUUGUUUGUUUUGCAUAUGUAUAAUAAAGUAAGCAACUUGCAGAGGGAAUUAGAAAAAACAAGGACGAUCAACGAAAGUAGAAUCAGAGCAGCAUUAAAGGCAACAGGCGAAACAAUGACUGAAGAGAGAUUGCAUACUUUAGUGUGCCUUGAGUUGGACAAGGAGAAACAGAUCUAUGAGAGUGAGUUCAGUCAAAAGUUGUUGGAGGAGCAGAAAAAGUUCGACGACGAACUGCGGCGACAAUUGAAAUUGCAAGAACAAGUGCAUGCCGAUCAUCUUCAGGAAACGAUUACGUUGAAGGAAGAAGAAGCGGAGAGGAAUCUUCAACGUGCGCUCAACGAGCAAUCCGAGCAGGACAGUAUAAAACACAAGGAACAACUUGCAGUUGUCAUUGGAAGGCUACGUGGGGUUGAAGCUGCGUUUAAGACUCGCAUGGAGGAAGAAAAGGAUGCAACGAACGCUCAGAUUCUUUGGUCAGCUUGCACAGCUUUGGCGCGUGCUAUUAAAUCAGGGCCACCAGGCGCACCUAUAGAGAAAAUUGUGAGGCCCUUGGAAUCGGAGAUCAAGGCCGUCUGCAAGGCAGCACCGAAAGAAGAUCCUCUGGUGAUGGCUGCUAUUAAAGGCAUUCCUGUGGAAGCUGCGAAGAGGGGAGUAUUCCCGGAGGACAUUCUUCGUGAAAGGUUCCUCAAGGUGGAACAAGUGGCCAGACGAUUGGCCAUGGUGCCCGAGGAGGGCGCAGCACUGCCUGUUUAUUUGCUAAGUUAUCUUCAGAGCUAUUUGAUGUUCAAGGAUGUCUGUCCCAUCUCUCGUUCAGAACUCGAGGACAAACCUUUCGAUGUGGAGGAUCUUAAUACAUUCGAUAUACUCAAUCGAGCCAGGUAUUGGCUGGAUCGUGGCGACUUCAAAAUGACCCUUCGCUAUAUGAAUCUUCUAAAGGGGGCGCCAAGAUCGGUCGCCAAGGAUUGGAUGAACGAAACUAGAAUCCUCCUCGAGACCCAACAAGUUGUGGAAACGCUGUUGGCGUAUGCUGGUGCUAUGGGCCUAAUGUUCCUCGGCGCUGGAGAUUCGAAGGUCAGUCGAAACGAUUACAACAACAACAACAACAACAACAACAACAACAAAAAUAAAACAAAGAAUUGAACGACAAGAAUAUCAAAAGACACUACCUAGUAAACAAAUUUUUGUAUAGUUCACAUUAUAGUAUCCCUUAAAAGAACCGCGAACAAUAUUUUCACCUCUUCUUGUGUAAAAAAAAAAAAACUCGUUCUCUCGAUAAUAUUUUGAAAAGAAAAAAAAAAGGAAAAAAAAGAAAUGGAGAAAUUUCAAACUGUCAAGGUGAGGACCCAAAAAAUGUAUUUUUGAUUGUUUAUAAUAAUUGGAAAGUAAUAUUAAAUAUACUGGAUUGUUCAACAGAA